GUGCGGGGGCAUCGCUUGCACCCCGAGGUCCCUGCUCGCACGCUGAGGUCCCCUGCUUGUGUGCAACAUCCCCUGCUUGCACCCCAAGAUCCUUCCUUGCACCCCAAACAGUCCCCUGCUUGCAUCCCGAGAUCCCUGCUUGCACCCCAGGACCCCCUGCUUGCACCCCGAGAUCCUUCCUUGCACCCCAAGAUCCUUACUUGCACCUCAGCAUCCCCUGCUUUCGCCCUGAGGUCCCUGCUUUGCACCCCACAGUCUCCCACUUGCAUCCCCAGAUCCUUCCUUGUCCCCCAACGACCCCAGCUUGCACCCCGAGAUCCCUGCUUGCACCCCAAACCCCUUCCCUACCACCCGGAGGUCCCCGCCUGCCGCCGAGCCCCACAGCCCCGAGGAAGCCGCCGGCAGCGGGUCCCUGUGCUGGGGUUCGGCAGCAGCCGGCACCCGCCAUGGAGUUCUCCGAGCUGAUCAAGACGGCGACGGUGGAGAACGUGCUGCUGUCGUGCCCGGGGCUGCCGGCGGUGAAGGGCACCCUCUGCAUCACCAGCCACCACUUGCUCCUCUCCUCCUGCCCCGGGGGGGACGCCCAGCCCGGCACCGUGGAGCUCUGGCUGCUCAUCCGCAACGUGGACGCCGUGGAGAAGAGAGUGCAGAAUUUAGGCUGGUACCAGCCCCCCCGGACUAACGACUCCCCACGGGACACCAGGGUCGCUGGCUCCUCCGGCACCAUCACGCUGCGGUGCAAAGACCUGAAGGUGCUGCAGCUGGAGAUCCCGGGCAUGGAGGAGUGUCUCAACAUCGCCAGCUCCAUCGAGGCCCUCUCCUCGGUGGACUCCGUCAUGAUGAUGUACCCGUUCUUCUACAGACCCCAGAGCCUGAGGCUCGAGGAAGGAUGGCACCUCUUCCCCCUCGAGCAGUACUUCCAGCAGAUCGCCUCACAGACGAGCCAGUGGCGGCUGAGCGACGUGAACCAGGAUUUCACCACCUGCCCCACGUACCCUCCCACUGUCAUCGUGCCGGCGGCCGUGGGCGACGAGGCCUUGCGGAAGGCGGCCCGUUUCCGGCAGGGCGGGCGAUUCCCCGUCCUCAGCUAUUACCACCCCCGGAACGGCACCGCGAUGCUCCGCAGCAGCCAGCCGCUGACGGGCCCCAACCGAAAGCGCUGCCGCGAGGACGAGAUGCUGCUGGGGACGGUGCUGGACGAAGGGGAACGGGGCUUUGUCAUCGACACGCGGUCAGCCCAGGCGGCCAAGCAGGCUCGGAUGACCGGGGGGGGCACAGAGCCCAAGUCCUCCUACCCGCAGUGGAAGAGGCUGCACCGGCCCCUGGAACGAGGCCGCCCGCUGCAGGAGAGCUUCAUUAAGCUGGUGGAAGCCUGUAACGACACCUCCAUCAACAUGGACCGGUGGCUGAGCCGGCUGGAGAGCAGCCGCUGGCUGAGCCACGUCAAGGCAGCGCUGAGCACGGCCUGCCUGGCCGCACAGUGCUUGGACAGGGAGGAGGCCAACGUGCUGGUGCACGGGGCGGAGGGGACAGACACCACGCUGCUGGUGACGGCGCUGGCUCAGGUCAUCCUGGACCCCUCCUGCCGCACGCUGGGGGGCUUCCAGGGGCUGCUGGAGCGGGAGUGGAUCCAGGCCGGCCACCCCUUCCACCUCCGCUGCUCCCGCUCUGCCUACUCCCACGCCCGGCUGAAGCAGGAGGCGCCGCUUUUCCUCCUCUUCCUCGACUGCGUGUGGCAGCUGAGCCGCCAGUUCCCCUUCUCCCUGGAGUUCAGCGAGCGCCUCCUCCUCACCCUCUUCGACAACGCCUACGCCUCCGCCUACGGCACCUUCCUCUGCAACAACGAGAAAGAGAGGUGCCUGUGUAAAGUGAAGGAGACCACACACUCCCUCUGGGCCUGGCUGAACGAGCCCAGCGAGAAGAAGAAGUACCUGAACCCCCUCUACUCACACAACGCCCUGGUCAUCUGGCCCUCCGUGGAGCCCCAGAGCAUCCAGCUCUGGCAGGGUUUAUUCUUCCGCUGGAUCCGUUCAUCCCAGCACCUGGAUGAAGCCUGGGCAGAGAUCCAGCAGUUAGUGGAGGGUGACGAUGCCCCCAUCAAGGAGAACACAGGGAAGAGGCUGAGCCAGUCCCUUUCCGACCUCAUCCCAGCACCUGGAUGA